ACAUAUACUUCCUGUUCGCUGCUAUGCUGAUUUAGCUGUCAAUGCUAGUAUGCUAUUCAGUGUCGUCUGAAUGUAGGCUGAGUUUGGAUAGUUUCGUAAAGGAUUGAACCUCAUUAUCGACCAAGAAACCAUACGUCAAUGUCCAAGGAUAGCCGUCACGAUGGACGACGGCGAGGUGCUGGUCAGCACCGACUUGGGCCAAGAGUGGGCCAAGGUGGUGAUGGAAGGGAAAGAUCUGGGAGCAACAGCUCAGGAUCUUCACAUGGAGGAGGCAAAAGCAGGAAUACGCCCGUGAGCAUGGCCCUGAAGGCCUCGUUCCAGCGCUCCAACAGCCAUGACAAAGUGAGGAAGAUUGUGGCAGAGGAAGGCCGCGCAGCCCGCAACCUCAUCGCCUGGAGUGUUCCACUUGAGAACAAGGAGGAGGAAGGAAAAUCAAAAACUCAGACCAACAGCAAUGCAAGAACUCAGAGGCUCAUCACUGGUCAACAUAGGAACAAAAAGCAGGGUAGCGGGGGUGGGGUGCUGCCGGAGAAAGGCUCGGAGAAGAGCCCCACCAAGACCCGGCAGCCGCGGAAGGUGGACCUGCGUGCUCGCUACUGGGCCUUCCUGUUCGACAACCUACGCCGUGCAGUCGAUGAGAUCUACGUCACCUGCGAGUCUGACCAGAGUGUGGUGGAGUGCAAGGAGGUGCUGAUGAUGCUGGAUAACUAUGUGCGUGACUUCAAAGCGCUCAUCGACUGGAUUCAGCUCCAGGAGAAGCUGGAGAAGACAGAUGCUCAAAACAGACCCACGUCACUGGCCUGGGAAGUCCGCAAGAUGUCUCCUGGUCGUCACGUCAUGCCCAGCCCCUCUGCUGACCGCAUGGUGCCCUCACCCAAUGCCCGGCGUUCCCUCAACUUCGGGGGUCCCCCUCCGACACUGGCCCGUCUGUCCCACACGGGCCUGAGCUGGGCUGACCGGGUCAAGUCCUCCCAGUCCCUCCCCAUAUCCGGCCAGAGCGUCACCUGUGCUGCAGAGAAGCAAGGAAAGAAGGACGCUGAGGGCUGGGAGACGGUCCAGCGCGGCCGCCCCGCCAGACCUCGCUCGGCAGCCAUCGUCGCCAAGGUGACCCCAGUUGUGGCCCAUGUCAGCCCUAAGGACGACAGCGACAAGGAGAACCAGAAUCAGAUCUGCGCCCCGCACGGCCGCAGUCCCCAGGACAAAGACCCAGCGAGCCAGCCCAACCAGCAGGCCGGGCGGCAGGACCAGCCACUCCCCCGCCACCCUCGCCCCGACAACGAGAACGAGAAGGCGCCCGUCAUCGAGCCCACCUCUGACAGUGCACAGGACCAGGAACAGUGUGUCACUGCAACCUGCGAGGAGGCGACGCCACCCCCUGAUCCCCCCUCCGAAAUCCCCCAGCCCUCCUCCGACCCCAUCAAGGCAGACCCUGCCCAAAACCCGGCCCAAACUCAGACCCCGUCCUCGGCCGCUGAACCGGCCACUACGGCCUUAGCUCCAGAGUCAGCCCCAGACCCACCUCCUGACUCUCCCCCCUCUCCCCCUCCUCCGGCACCCCCCCUCCUGCCCGACCCGGCCCCGGCGGAGGAGGGUCAGGUUGGGCAGGGGCCCCUGGAGGAGUUGGGGGCUCUGGGUGUGGGUGUGGGGGUGGGGGAGGUCCGGGAGCUGGCGACGGAGCAGGAGGGUACGGCACCAUCUGCUGCGGCAGCAUCAUGGCAGACUCCCUUGGCGGUGUUGAAACUGGAGAGUGUGCUGGACCCCACAGAGCUUUCCACCCCGCAGUCCAUGGCCGAGGUCCUGGCCAAGAAGGAGGAGCUGGCCGACCGGCUGGAGAAGGCCAACGAGGAGGCCAUCGCCAGCGCCAUCGCCGAGGAGGAGCAGCUCACGCGUGAGAUCCAGGCCGAGAACAGCGAGCUGGAGACGGACAACGACUUCUCCGCCGGCAUUGGCUGCGGAGGCUGUGGACUCAACCUGGACUGGAGCGACAUGCUGGCUGACUACGAUGCGCGGGAAGCCUGGAGGCAGAGCACGUCGUGGGGAGACAUGGUGGAGGAGGAGCCGGCCCGGCCCCCAGGCCAUGGCAUUCACAUGCACGAGAAGCUGUCUUCACCCUCACGCAAAAGGACUAUUGCCGAGUCCAAGAAGAAGCAUGAGGAGAAACAGCUGAAAGCCCAGCAGCUUCGGGACAAACUACGAGAGGAGAAGACCCACAAGCUGCAGAAGCUUCUGGAAAGGGAGAAGGAGGUGAGGAAGUGGAAGGAGGAGUUGCUGGACCAGCGGAGGAAGAUGAUGGAGGAGAAGCUGCUCCAUGCAGAGUUCAAGCGUGAGCUGCAGCUGCAGGCCAUUGUGAAGAAGGCCCAGGAGGAGGAGGCCAAGGUGAAUGAGAUUGCCUUCAUCAACACGCUGGAGGCCCAGAACAAGCGGCAUGACGUGCUGGCCAAGCUGAACGAGUACGAGCAGCGGCUCAACGAGCUCCAGGAGGAGCGCCAGCGGCGGCAGGAGGAGAAGCAGGCCCGCGACGAGGCCGUGCAGGAGCGUAAGAGAGCUUUGGAGGCAGAGCGGCAGGCCCGUCUGGAGGAGCUGCUGGUGAGGAGGCGCGAGCAGGAGGCGCGGAUCGAGCAACAACGCCAGGAGAAGGAGAAGGCCAGAGAGGACGCUGCAAGAGAGAGAGCAAGAGACCGUGAGGAGCGUCUGGCAGCUCUGAGUGCAGCUCAGCAGGAGGCCAUGGAGGAGCUGCAGAAGAAGAUCCAGAUGAAGCAUGAUGAGAGUAGUCGUCGGCACAUGGAGCAGAUCGAGCAGAGGAAGGAGAAGGCAGCUGAGCUCAGCAGUGGUCGUCACGCCAACACCGACUACGCCCCCAAGCUCACGCCCUACGAGCGCAAGAAGCAGUGCUCCCUGUGUAACGUUGUGAUCACGUCCGAGGUGCACCUGUUCAGCCACACCAAGGGCAAGGGGCACCAGCAGGCAGUGCGGGAGAGCAGCAGCAUCCAGGGGCGAGAGCUGUCCGACGAGGAGGUGGAGCACCUCUCCUUAAAGAAGUACAUCGUAGACAUCGUGACGGACAGCUCAGUGCCGCCCGAGAACGCCAAGGAUGGCGAGGAGAGGCAGCGCGCUCGCAAGAAGGCCAAGAAGCUCCGCGCACGCAUGAACUCCAGGGCGAAGGAGUACGAGACAACGAUCGAGGCGAAGGCCCAGGUCCCAGACUCUCCAUACAAGGCCAAGCUCCAGCGGCUGGUGAAAGACCUGCUGAAGCAGCUCCAGGGCCAGGAGAGUGGCCAGUGGGCCAACAACCGGGUGACCGGUCUGGACCGCACCCUGGGGGAGAUCUCCCGCAUUCUGGAGAAACAGGAAAGACCCGCUGACCACCUCCCCUCCUGCUAUGUUUAUUACAGCAUCGCCUCUUACUCAACACCAGCCCGCCCUCGUGGCAGCCAGGCUCAAUAUGGCGCUGGGGCUCGCAUCUGGGCCGGACCUGGCCCGGGCUCCUCCCCCUCGCUUUAG